CCACACUCAUCUUUACCCCUCCCCUCUCCCUUGGCGGAGACUGGCUGGCUGGCUGGCUGGCAUUGUAAUCAAUUCUUUCUGUCAGCAUACUGGGAAAAAAAAAAUCUUACGUCACAGUCAUUUCUGGCUCUAUAAAAGCCAGAGUAAUGCAGAUUCACCAUGCAGUCAACCUAGCUGAUUCCCUGACACAGAGCAGCCCAUCUCUCAAGUCAUGACUUCAACCGGCUUUGACCGUUACCUCCCUCCUACUUACAAGAGGAGAGUAGUUGUACGCAGUGCAGGAUAUGGAGCUGGAGGAGGAAUGGGAUCUAGGUCUGCCUACUCCUCCUACUCUGCCCCAAUUACUUCCUAUGCAUCUUCACGCAGAAGUUAUCCAACGUUUACCCGAGCUACUUCAGGUUUCUCCAGCAUACUUUCUGCUCCAGGUCCUAUAUCUGCCACUGAGCUACGCCUUGACCAAGCAGCACAAGUCAGUUCUGAGUUUAAAGCAUUAAGGACCGAGGAGAAGGCUGAGCUUCAGGACCUGAACGAUCGAUUUGCAAGCUUCAUUGAGAGGGUACAUGAACUGGAGCAGCAGAACAAGUUGCUGGAGACUGAGCUGCUGCUGCUCAGGCAGAGACAGGUACAGCCUUCAAGUCUUCGGGCCCUGUAUGAGCAUGAGAUCCGCCAGCUUCAUGCUGCUGUUGAAGAGGCCCGCCAUGAGAAACAAGCAGCCCAAGACCACAGGGAUGAGAUGGAGGAUGUCUUGAAGAACCUGCAAAAACGCUAUGAGGAUGAGGUUCUUGGUAAACAGGAAGCAGAGGGUCAGCUAAUAGAUACCAGAAAAGGAGCAGAUGAAGCUGCACUAGGCCAGGCGGAGUUGGAGAAGAGAGUUGGGACCCUCCUAGAUGAACUGGCCUUCUUGAAGCAUCUCUGUGAAAGCGAGAUUGCAGAGCUGCAGGUCCAAAUACAAUACAGUGCAGAGGUAUCUGUGGAAAUGGAGGUCUCCAAGCCAGACCUAUCUGCUGCUCUUCGUGAUAUUCGAGGGCAGUAUGAGAAGCUGGCACAACGUAACCUUCAAUCAGCUGAAGAAUGGUUCUGCAACAAGAUGAGCGUGAUGACCCUAGGCUCUGCUCGCAACACAGAGAGCGCCCGCAGUGCCAAGGAUGAAUCUGGAGAGUAUCGUCGACUGCUCAAAGCUAGAACACUGGAUAUUGACGCCUGCCGUGAGAUGAACCAAGUCCUGGAAAACCAGUUACAAGAAGUGGAGGAGAAACAGAGUGCUGAGAUUUCUGCAUUGCAGGAUACAAUAAAUCAACUGGAGGAAGAAUUGAGGACAAAUAAGAAUGACAUGGCUCGCCACUUAAAGGAUUACCAAGACCUCUUGAAUGUAAAGAUGGCAUUGGAUAUUGAAAUUGCAGCAUACAGGAAACUGCUUGAAGGAGAGGAGAAUCGUUUCAAUGUGGAAGGGCCAGGAUCUGUCGCUGUUUACUCCCAAACCAUGUUUUCUGCUCCAAGAGCACAGAUCUCCAUGCAUUCUCAGUUGAGCUCUGCAGCUCCGUACCUGCUGAGCUCCCGUUUCUAUUCUUCAUCGUACUCCACAGAGGAGGCAGUAUCUGCAAGCCAAGCACCUCAGGUAGAAACCAGUCCUCCUCAAGAGGAGGAAGGAGAGCAGGUGGAGGAGGAAGAGGGGGAAAUUGGAGAUGAGAAGGAAGAAGAGGCAGAGCAGGAGCAGGGGGAAGGAGGGGAGGAAGAGGAUGAGGAAAAACAAGAAGAGGAAGAGGAAGCAAAUGGAGAAGAAGAAGGUAAAGAAGGUGAGGAAGAAGGAGAAGAUGAAAGCCAACAUCAAGAAGAGGACGGUGCUGAGCAGAAAGAAGACGAGGAUAAUGAAGAGGGGGUAAAGGAGGAGGAAGAAACUGCAGAAGAAGAGGUGGAUGCUAAAAGGAAACAUGGUGAAGCAACAGACAGAAAAGUUUAAACUCACUCUCCAAAGUUUUUGGUGCUUGAUAUGCAAAGAUGUUUCAUUCAAAC